AACCAUCAACGCAACCAUGCGAGUCUGCAAAAGCGCCGACGCAGCCCUCUCCCUCUGCUCCCGGGACCCCUCUAAAGUCCUAGGCGUGACAGUUGGCUCCUACAACGUCACGCCCGGCCAGUUUAUCCCACGAGGAGAAGCACAAGCAAUCCCCGAAAUCUCUUUCUCUACAACUACCACCACCGCCAACAAAACCUACCUCCUCGUCAGCAUCGAUCUCGACGGCCCCUUCCCCUCCUUCUCCAUCCUAAGCCCAAUCCUCCACUGGAUCCAACCAUCCCUCCACCCCACCCCGUCCAACGACAACACAACCACAACCCUAAAAGCGAACGCACCUUUCAUCGCGAACUGGAUCGGCCCCGAGCCCCCACCGGGAAGUGGCCCACACCGCUAUGUGUUUUUGCUGUAUGAGCAGCCGGAGGGGUUUGAGGUGCAGAGGUAUGCGCCGGGGGCAGGGAAGGAGAUGGGGAUUUGGGGGCGGGUGAGGUUUGAUUUGGAUGGGUUUGAAAGGGAGGUUGGGCUUGGGGAGGUGGUUGCGGUGAAUUAUUUUUUGAGUAAUUGAGUGUUACGGGGGUGGUUGUUUAUUGUGGGUUGUUUUUCGUUGUGGUUGGGUAUUAUGGGAUGGGGUUUAUGGCGUG